AUGGCGACAGUUGAUGUAAGGUACAGUAGUGACAAUAUUUAUGGUUGUGAUGAUGAUAGUUGUGAUGAUGAUAGUUGUGAUGGUGAUGACGAUGAUAAUUGUGAUGAUGAUAAUUGUGAUGAUGAUAAUUGUGAUGAUGAUAAUUGUGAUGAUGAUAAUUGUGAUGAUGAUAAUUGUGAUGAUGAUAAUUGUGAUGAUGAUAAUUGUGAUGAUGAUAAUUGUGAUGAUGAUAAUAGUGAUGAUUAUAAUUGUGAUGAUGAUAAUUGUGAUGAUGAUAAUUGUGAUGACUGA